AUGUACGCAAACCUCGAUGGCGGGCCUGGCAAUGUCGGCGAGUGCAACGCCCACCUGGCCAAACGCUUCGGCAACGCGGUGCCACAGCAGGGACGCAACCCACAGGUUCCCGACGACAGCAUACCCGAGUCUGUCCCCACAAAGGCAAACGACGACGUCCGCAAGUACUAUGAGCUUGCCUGCAAGCCCGUCGCAGGCGCUGGGCCGUGGCUCGAAAUGCCCGAGAUUCCGCAUCCCCGCGAGAUGCUGCGACAAGAGCCUGCCUCGGGCACCAUCGAGGCCUUGAUCACCACGGUCGAGGAACCCCGACCGAAAAAGAUCAAUGGCGCAUAUGACAGCACAGAAGACUAUCUGCGCACCGAGUACGAGCUCCUCCGCGAGGACGCGCUCCGGCCCCUGUGUGAGGCGGUUGCCCAAGUCCGCAAAGCUGCUUGGAAGGACGAGGCACAGUAUGAGAAGAGCGUUGGCAUCUACGAGCCCGUGUACAUUACGUCGCUCGUCUUCAGCACGCGAGGACUCGCAACGCGUGUGGCCUUCUCCAUGUCGCGCGUAAAGAAGCUCAUUCGCUGGGAGCAGUCCAAGCGGCUGAUCGCCGGCACCCUGGUUGCUCUGUCGCCAUGCCAUGACGCAUUUCAGACCACCUGCAUACUGGCGGUCGUCGCCGCUCGACCCUUGUCAGCCUUGCAGCCGAACCCACCGGAAGUCGACCUCUUCUUCCCUCACUACCACCAACCCAUCGACCCCAUGCAGUCGUGGAUCAUGGUGGAGUGCCGUUCCAGCUUCUUCGAGGCCAGCAGACAUACCUUGCUGGCCCUCCAGCACAUGAUGAGGGAGCCGUUUCCACUCGCAGAGCAUCUCGUCGACAUGAAGAGAGACGUCGAGGCUCCUGCGUACAUCCAGAACAAUCCUUACGUUGACCUCAGUUCCUUGGUCAGCAUGGAAGAGGCGUCCAGCUUCCAGAACGUCAAUGUGCUCGAGGAGUGGCCGGCUAACGAUGCAACCUCGCUCGACAACUCCCAAUCACGGGCCCUGAAGCGCAUGCUCGCCAAGAAGCUCGCUCUUGUACAAGGUCCACCCGGCACAGGCAAAACGUUCGUCUCCGUCAAGGCCGUGCAGGUCCUCGGCGACAACAUGCGCAAAGACGACGCGCCCAUCAUCAUCACCGCGCAAACAAAUCACGCCGUCGACCAGAUCCUACGCCAUACCAGCGCCUUUGAGCCAAAUUACGUCCGACUGGGUGGCCGCAGCAAGGACGCAGAGAUCAGGAAGCGCACUUUGUUCGAGGUGCGCUCUGCCCAGCCACCAGCAAAGCGGCCUCAUCGCCAGAAGACGGAGGCGCAAGCCGCGAUGCGAAAGGCUCAGGCGGCUAUUCAGCGUCUUCUUGCUCCUCUCGAAAUGGGCAAAGGGCCUCUGGACCACCGCGUGUUGAGGCGGCUCGGUCUUUUGACCCAAGACCAGGCCGACUCCUUGGAAAUGGACACCGACUCCUUUCUCGACACCUCCAACGAGUCCCCCGGCGAUCUGAUGCAUCAGUGGCUCGGAAAAGCGCUGACAGAAUGCCGCCGUCCCGCGGGGCCUGACGACUUUGGCUGGGAGUGGGAAGAAGAGGAUCUCGAAGUCGAGCAGCUCCAAGAGCUUGAGGCGGAAGCCACAGCGCACGACGACGACGAUAUUGAGGCCCUCAAAGGCGAAGUGCUGUUGAUGAGCGACAACUACAGGGGCAAGGGGAGCAGAAGCCUCAACGAAGAGGAGAUCAAGGAUAUCCUCGAAGACACAGCAGACCUUACAACGAUUGAAUUUGCCAGCCGUGGCCCCAUCUACAACUACCUGUUGCGCCAGGUGAAGAAGCUGUUGCUGAGAGAUGUGCGCGACGUUGCAAGGAACUACCACGACGCCGUUCAGCAGCGUCGCGUUGGGCUGUGGGAGGAAGAUGUCAACCUCCUCAGCAAGCAGCGCAUCAUCGGGGUGACCACGACAGGUCUAUCCAAAUACCGGGCUCUGAUUGCUGCGCUGCGCCCGAGGGUUGUCCUCGUCGAAGAGGCCGCUGAGACUAUGGAGGCACCCGUCGCCGCUGCUUGCUUGCCAACUGUCGAGCACCUUAUCCUCGUUGGAGACCACCAGCAGUUGAGGCCCCACACGCAGGUCAAGAAGUUGGAGGGUGCUCCGUUCCAUCUCAACCUGUCCAUGUUCGAGCGACUGGUCAUGAACGAGGUCGAGUAUGACCAGCUUACGCGACAGCGGCGCAUGAUCCCUGAGAUUCGUCGCCUCCUCAGACCCAUUUACAACGACACGCUCAAGGACCAUGCAAGUGUCGAGGACCCAGACAAUCGACCGCCUAUCCUGGGCAUGGGCGGCGUCAACUCCUACUACUUCACCCACACCUGGGAUGAGGGGAGAGACGCAUACUCGUCUUGCUUCAACGAACCAGAAGCCAAGUUCCUGGUGGGGUUUGUCGACUAUCUGGUGCUGAAUGGCGAAGCGCCAGCUGGCAUCACGAUCCUCACAUUCUACAACGGACAACGAAAGCGCAUCUUGCAACUGCUCCGGGCACACCCAAAUCUUCGCUCCAUCAUGUUCAAAGUCGUCACUGUGGACUCGUAUCAAGGAGAAGAAAACGACAUUGUUCUUCUGUCCCUCGUCCGCUCAAACAAGCACCACUCCAUCGGCUUCCUUUCCAAUGAGAAUCGUGCGUGCGUUGCGCUGUCCCGUGCAAAGCGUGGCUUCUACCUUUUCGGCAACGCCGAGCUACUGGCCUGCGAGUCCUGGACGUGGGGCCAGAUUGCCAACAUCAUGUUCAAGACCAAGGUUUCAAAAGCUAGAUCGGAGGAUGGUCAGGAGCGACGUAUCGGCUACUGUCUUCCACUGCAGUGCACCCAGCAUCGGCGCAAGGUGUGGAUAGAGUACACUGAUGAUUGGGAGCAGAUUCACGGUGGAUGCGACGAAAGGUGCAAGGGCGUCUUGUCGUGCGGUCAUCCGUGCCCGUACAAGUGUCAUCCAUUCGAGCACGACCAGGUUAACUGCGUCAUGCAGUGCUCAGCCACUCUCAACUGCCGUCACCGCUGCAUGGAGGUGUGCUCCGAUACGUGCAAGUGCCGGAAAUGCGACCAACGCCCCGACGGCCGAAGGUCUAUGCUGAAGCCCGCCCCGAAUGCGGCCAUGUGGUCUCGCGCUCCUCCUUCGCAGUCGCGCGGUGUUUCUCUCGACUCCGGCUUCCAGACACGACCAAACCCACCUCCGCAGUCUGGAUCGCGUGGCAGGUGGCGAGCCUACGUCAACGGUGGUGCAGAAGCGGAUGACGCACGCAUGCUACAGAAGCGAAGGGAAGGGGACAUGGCUUGGGAAGGAGACCGCCGCAACAGCACACCUCGACCACCUGUCACAGCGGCCACAGAUGCAGCUGCGAGUCCGAGCAAGCUCAUCGAGACUUCACCUCGGAAACCUGCACCGUCCGUCUCUGGCAGCGCCAGUUUGUUGGUGGAUCUCGAUAUUAACAGUACCUACGAAGCUCACCCACCGCAGCCGGCGAGGACGUCGUAUGCAAGUGCUGCCGGAUCGGGGAAGACGAGUCAUGGAGGCUCGCAGUGGAGCCUACUUGACUAA